CCGCUGACUCGGCACCCUCUCAUCCAGAUCCUCGAAGAAGUGUCGAACAAUAGCGACAAGGGGCUUUAGUCUGGUGUUCUUUACCGCGACCAUGUCUCCAAUUCGAUAGAUUGUGUCGCCACGUUGGAAGGCAGAGUACGACUUCACAUGAUGGCCACCGCGCUUGAUGAGCUGUGAUGGAGGAGGGAUCUCUGUCUCGACCCAGACGUCGCCGGUGGGAGCUGGAGCGGUGCCGCGUCCGCUACGUCUGCUGGUCAUUGUAUGCUGUCUGCCCUUCAAUAACGCGUUUAAAUGCUGCUCUGGCCGGAUUCGAACGUCGAGCUCCGACCUUGACCGUGCACUAGGUGCAUAUACGCGCUCCUCCAAGAGAACGUGAGAGAUUCGACAUCAUCAUGGCAGAGUUCUCGUCAAGCAACGGGUCCCUUCGAGAGGUAUACGAUGAAGCACAGUCUGUUCAACAGUCGAUAGAGGAAGGGGCAGUUCCAGUGGCGGAGGUUCAGGCUACCGUCGAGAAAGCGAUUCGACUCUACGAAGGAUGCUGUGAGCUCAUCGACCGUAUCUCUCUCUUCAGCUUGAAUGAGGAGCUGGAGGAAAUCAAUUCAUCGGAACUACGCUAUCUUCUAUGUCCAUAUAAUCUCGCGAGUCUCUACACCCUACGCAUGACCAGCGACCGGAAAUCCACACUUGCUCUCUCGCAGAAUACCUUCAAAUUGUUCCUUACGCAGAUUGAGGCAUACGGACUCUUAGCAGUAGAAGAUAAACGCGCAGCCGAAGCAGCACUCUCCGGGAAAGCAUCCGAAGCACUGGGAAUGGGACGCGGCGGUGGAGAUCCAGCUGCGAGACGAGCCGCGAAGAUCGCACGGUAUAAACGCGAAAAAGAACUCGAAAGAAACCUUGAGAUCCUCCGUUCAGCAGAUCAAUCACACGACGAAACCCUUCGCUCGGUAUGGAGUGCAACAAUCUCAUUCCACGCCACGAAGGCUGUCGCGGCACUAGAAGGUAUUGCCCAGGAAUUGGAGAUGUUGGCAUUCAUGCCCCCGGUAUCGGAUCUUAUGCGGAGAGAAGAGUUUGAUACGCGGGCACGAGAACGUGACGGACAGCGGGGAGACGACUACGAUGAUCGCGUUGUAGUCGGUGGGCGCGGACUACCCAAGAGUGGACCCCUCCUUGACCCUAAUACUGGGAAACCUCUUAGACCGUUCGUCAUAACCGGCGACCGCGAACGCUUCCAACAAUCCGUCUUUGGGCCCGGCUACAACCUCCCAACAAUGUCAAUCGAGGAAUACCUCGCCGAGGAAGAACGCAGAGGAAACGUCAUCAAAGGUGGUGGCGAACAAAGUGGAGAACAAAAAGAGGAGGAUGAGGAUGAUGAGGAGGAAAGUGAUAGGAAGAUGUAUAAGGCUAGGGAGUGGGAUGAGUUCGUGGAGGCGAACCCGAAGGGGGCGGGGAAUAUGGGGUUCCGGAGGGGGUGA